CAACUAUCAAGUAAAUUCCUAAAGAAUAGCCCUACAUUGUGAUUCUAGACCAUACUGUAUGUGCAGCCCGGCGCUCGCUUGUCUGAAGGAAACUGCCGCAGGCCCAUGAUGCUUGCCGAUCAGAGCAGUCGCUUGCGCUUGCCAUGCGUUCCAGGGAAACGGUUUUUUCAUGGUCUCAACGUUGGAUCGGCUGCCAAACUGGCAAGGCGCCGCAAAGCAGGGAUACCCUUGCAAUUGAUUUUCGGUACCUGCGUCAAACAGACGAGUUGGUGCGACGACUUCUGUGCUGCUGUCAUCAGCCCCCAUAACACAACAGGCAAGGGCCGGAGUACUGCAGCUACGAAGUACUGCUCGGCGGAUUGUGGUACAAUUACAGCAAUAGCCGCGGAAGGGGCUCUCACAUUUCUCGCUUUGCUAAUUGGAGACCUCAUUGUUGUACACCCAGAUAUUUCUUAAUUGUCUCAAGACACUGUGCUCCGCCUCACAUCAUCCCACUGGCAUUCCUAUGUUGUGCUUUUCCUGCACGUUUUUGGCUUGCUCAGGC